AUGUCCGUGGCAACAUUGAACGAUGUUUUCAAAGAAGUCGAAAAUUUCACGCGGUUUCAACGGAUACUAGGCAUGUCUUCUUUGGUAUACUCCAAUGGCGAAUUCAAGAUAUCAAGGAUUUGGCUAAUUAUAAGCUUCGUCAGCAUCAGUGCUAAUUUAGUUAUUUCCUUAUAUACGAUUAAAUUGGUUGGUUAUAAACUCGAUUACAACAGCUGGUACUGCUAUCUGACAAUUCUUUAUUAUACUGCCGCGGUAUUUUGCAUUGUGGCCUCCUGGAUCCGAAGUAACUUCAAUGUGGACACCUUGAACAUGUCCCUGUCCAGGAUGAGAGCCGUGGACUUGCAGAUGCUCUGCCUUGGAAUUGAGAUUCCUCCUACCAAACCUAGCAAGGUGACGAUCUUUCUUUACAUCCUGAUGACUGUUGCAUUCUUUAUCAAAGCUCCAAUAAUGCCUCCAUAUAUGAACUCUAUCCAACUUCUCAUAUUUUAUGCGCCAUACGUUUUCAUCGUUUCGAUUGAGGACAAUGUAGACAGGAUCGAUUCCUUACUUCGUGUGCGUUUCGAUGCCAUCAAGAAGCAUCUACUAGAGUGCUUUGAAAUGGACAGGAAAAACGCUGUUAACGUUUUGGAAACACUGGUCCUCUGCCACGAUCAUCUUAGCAAUGCCUCAGAGGACGUUGACGAAUAUCUUUGGGUCCAAGUAACUUCGGUAUUGGCUGUGGCUUUCCUUGCAUCGUUUUGUGAUACUUAUUCUGCCUUACUUUUGUACAGAAAUGAAACGUUGCCAUAUAAGGGAUUGUUCCUGACAGAAAUAUUUAUAUGGAUAGUGGUUAUUAUAGCUAUCAUAUGGCGAGUUUGUCAUCAGUUGGCUUCCAUCAGCACUGAGGUAAAUUCUUCACUAAAUUUCUCAUGA